GGAAUUACGUACUCACUUCCGGUCUUGACACCGAUAAUAACUGCGACACCGUCCUUAACCGGGACAUCACGCAGAACAUUCCAGCUCAACAGCAGACGAGUUUAAACCAGCAAUAUGUCUGACGAGGGAAAACUGUUCAUCGGUGGACUCAGCUUCGACACAACGGAGCAGUCCCUUGAAGAAGCAUUCUCUAAGUAUGGGGCCAUCUCAAACGUUCACGUUGCCAGACACCGGGAAACCCAGGACCCGCGUGGUUUUGGUUUCAUCACAUUCGAGAACCCGGAAGACGCGAAAGACGCAUCGGCGGGAAUGAAUGGACAGUCUGUGGACGGCAGAACGAUCCGCGUGGACAAGGCCACAAAGCGCGAAGGCGGAGGAGGCGGUUACCGUGGCGGCGGCGGAGGAGGAUAUGGAGGCGGCGGUGGAGGAUAUGGAGGCGGUGGCGGUGGAUAUGGAGGCGGCGGCGGAUACGGCAGAGGUGGUGGUGACCGUAGCUACAGCAGAGGUGGCGGGGGUGGCUACUCCUCAGGUGGAGGCGGAGGCUACAGCCGGGACCAGUCUGGUGGAUAUGGGGACCGGUACUGAGACGGCCAUGACCACUAAGCUGUUGUCGACUAGAUUUCAGCCUGCUCCCUCUUCAACACCUAACAAAGAAGCCCUCUGCCAGAAACCACUUGUUCAAGUUCUCUCUUUCUUGUUUUCUUGGCGAUUUGCUAAUCGCUUUUAUAUGUUGAAUUUACUUGCGUGUAUCUUUGUUUUGUGGGUAAACACAAAAAGGGGGGAUGUUCAGCUUCUGGCUGUAAAGUCAAAAGCGAAUCUGCCUCGUUGUCGGCUUCAGUUUAUUUGAGGCCAUAUCUUUGUCUCUACCCAAUGGAAUCAGGCAGCUUCGUGUAAGAAUCAAUACAACGAAUCAGCCUUUUUUUUUUAUGUACUAAUUCCGAACAGUUUUGCUCCGUCUAGUUAUUGGUCUCCGAGAUCUCUAUGAACAUUGUGCCAUGUGCUUACGAUUACUCAAACUUUUGUAUAUGUAUUGUAAAGGCUACUUUCUCUGUCGAUCUGAAGAAUAAAGUAUAAACCGUCGAAAAA